GGUGUAAUGUUGAAGGGUGUUCGUGAUGUUCUCUGUGAAACGUGUAGUCGACUCGGUUGGAAAACAGCAACAAAAGUUCAGUGUGAAGCGAUACCUCUAGCACUUGCGGGCAGGGAUGUGAUCGGUCUCGCUGAAACCGGAUCAGGUAAAACAGCGGCAUUCGCACUACCAAUAUUACAAGCAUUGCUUGAUUCUCCCCAAAAGCUAUUUGCAUUAGUGUUAACACCAACACGCGAGUUGGCCUUUCAAAUUGCCGAGCAAUUCGAUGCACUCGGCUCGUCAAUCGGACUUCUUGUUGGUCUGUUUGUGUUACAUUCACUUGCAUUCUCUUAUUCCUGA